AUGGGCGCUUACCUACAGAUGUUUUCCUACCAGUGCUACACUUCCGAUUCCUUCCUCGAUGUGAUUUCUGGAAUGAUGCCGAUUCUGCUGAGUUUGAGUUGGGUUUUUACCGUCGCAAUUACUGUCAAAAACAUUGUCUGGGAAAAGGAGUCGAGGCAGAAGGAACUGAUGAAGAUGAUGGGUCUAUCAGGCGGCACGUUAUUGACUAUCAUUAUUAAAUAUGGAGAUAUAUUCCACCACUCGGAUGGAUUCAUCACGUUUUUAUUCCUCUUUGGCUACGCUUUUGCCUCAGCUUCAAUUGCUUUCCUGAUUUCGACCUUUUUCUCUAGCGCGAAUCUAUCAGCCGCCUGCGGUGGGAUAAUUUACUUCUUCUUGUACCUGCCGUAUAAUAUGUGCGCGAUUUGGGAGUUCAAAAUUCCGAGAUGUUCCAUUGCAGUUCCCCUUGGAUACGGGUCGUGGCAAUUCUCAGAUCUGGAAAAAGAAGGAACCGGUGCACAGUGGGGUAAUCUCAACACGGAAUUUGGAAUUAAUCAGCGCUACAUGAACAUUGCCGAAUGCACGCUAAUGUUGUACUUUGACGGCGUUUUCUACUACUUCCUCGCUUGGUACAUCGACAACGUUUUCCCAGGCGAAUUCGGCGUUCCGCGAAAAUGGUACUUUUUCAUUCAGCCUUCGUUUUGGACAGGAAAAUCAAAGCGAAAUACGAGCGAGGAAAUUAGCAAAGGAUCAGUAGAAUCAGACAAAACGGUGAAACAAGAGGCCGUCUCUGAAGAAUUGAAUACUGGAGUGGAAUUGCAAGGACUCACAAAAAUUUAUAAAAACCCGUGGUCCAGUAUGCUAACUGGAAUCUACACACCGAGCGGUGGAACGGCGCUUAUUGACGGAUACGAUAUCUGGACUCAGAUGGAUCAGGUCCGGACGGUGCUCGGCUUUUGUCCACAGCACAACGUACUUUUUGAAGAUCUCACUUGCGCAGAGCAUAUCGAAUUCUUCUGCUCUCUCAAAGGUCAAAACAAAACCAAAACGAAGGUGGAAAUCGACGAGCUUUUGGAAAAAUGCGGAUUGAUGGCCAAAAAGCACCUGAAAGUUCCGACUCUUUCUGGUGGAAUGAAACGCAAGUUGUCUGUAGCUUUGGCUUUUUGCGGCGGAUCGAAAAUUGUCCUCUUGGACGAGCCCACAGCGGGGGUAGACCCUUACGCCAGGCGUGGAAUUUGGGACUUGCUCACAGGAUUCAAAACGGGCCGGACGAUCCUCUUAUCGACCCACCACAUGGACGAAGCGGACGUGUUGGGUGACCGCAUCGCUAUCAUCGCGGCAGGGCGGCUAAAAUGUGUCGGCAGCUCGCUUUGGCUGAAGAGUAAUUACGGCGAAGGGUACUAUCUGACAGUAAAUACGCGUUUUCACGAUGAAACGCGCGAUGCUAUCAACUCCUGCGGAAACGAACACUUAGAUGUGGUCGAGACAAAGCUCAAUAGUAUCUCGUUUCGGGUACCUUAUCAUUUUGUCGAGCAGGACUUGAUGUCAAAAAUCCUCGACAAGCUCGAAUCCAAAGAGCUUAAUGGCAUCCACUCUUACGGCAUCCGCGACUCCAGCCUCGAAGAAAUCUUCAUCAAAAUCGCCAGCCAGGAUGAAAAAGAAAAAGGCAAAAAUUCGGAAGAGGAGGAGCCGGAAGGAAGGAAGAGCCUGUCGCUUUCUAGUAGUACUAUUGAAGGGACCGGGAAUAAAAUCCACCCAGAAUUAAUCGACAAAGGAAGGAAUGUGCAGGGCACCGCCGAAAAACGCAAGUGGACGAUCGACUACGCGAAGGAAAAAGGCUUCGACUUAUCUGAUCGAUAUUGUUCGGACGCUAAUGUUGAUCCGGAAGAGUACUUAUUGCCAAACGCUUCAUGGAGUUUAUCCCGCCCGGUGGGAAGUGAGACUAACGACGCUUGCGCCUGUACAUACGGGGACUAUAUUAAUCCACUCAUGGACUGCGGAAGAUAUCCAAACGACCAUCCAAACUACCCUGGUCAGAAAAAGUUUGCUGGAGGAGAAAAUACGCCGAUUUUCGAGCUUUACAGUGGAAUGCAUAAUUAUAAUAUGAACGGGAGAAAUAUCACUGACUGGGUUCAGAAAACUGUCGACAAGGAUACCUUCGUCUUCCAACGAUACGGAGGCUUUAGCAUUGGAGCCAAUGCUUUGAAUGAAAGUUUAUUGAACUUGCAACCCGGAUUGGAGGACCGUUUGGAUCCAUUCAUUCGCCACCGGAAUUCAAAAAUAUGGUUCAAUAAUGUUGGCUACCACGCCUCUGUUGCUUAUUACAAUAUUUUCGCCAACUCUCUCCUCCGCUCCUCCAUGCCGGAUAGGAACCCGGAGGAACUUGGGAUUGAUGUGGUGAAUUAUCCACUCGACUUCGAUCUGAAUAACAUUGACGCUGCUGCUUUUCAACAAGCGUCUACGGAUUUUUUGAGCGGAAUGAACCCGAAUAUCUACUGGAUCGCCAACUACUGCUGGGACAUCCUUAUCUUUCUCUUCCCAACUGCCCUCUCAAUCGCGAUCUUCGCCCUGUUCCAGAGCAAUGCUUAUACAGGCAAAGAUAAUAUUGGAAGCUUGGUUCUUUUGUUUAUCCUUUUUGGCCUGGCUGCGACCCCGCUGAUGUACCCAGCUACGUAUCUGUUUGAUAAGCCUGCUACUGCAUACGUCGCCCUAACCGCGUUCAACCUGUUUAUCGGAAUCAACACAACGAUUGCGGUUUCCGUCAUGAUGAGCAUCGCUGAAAGUGAUCCGGAUUUGGAAGAUAUCUACAUAAUUCUCGACAACGUGUUUUUGAUAUUUCCGCAUUUCUGCCUCGGCCGGGGCUUGAUGGAAAUGGCCAUACAACAGGCUUACCUGGACGCGUACGCCGAACUCGGGUUUGAACAAGAACGAAAGGAGCCGAUUUUAGCAUUUGAGUACAACGGUCGCUGCUGCCUGGCCAUGGCGAUCCAAACUAUCGUUUUCUUCUCUUUGGUGCUCUUUAUUCAACAUCGUUCUACGGCGAAAUCAACAUCAAAAAUAGUCACCCAUAGCAGUGGAAAACUGGAAGAAUCGGACGUGGCAGCAGAGACCGCCCGCGCGCACGAUGAAAACAACAAAGACUUACUCAGGAUUAAAAAGCUGACAAAGCUUUUCCAACAAAAGGGAGGAAGCGGGACUUUCACGGCUGUUGAUGGGAUUUCUUUGUCCGUACCGAAGGGCGAGUGCUUCGGCCUUUUGGGAACCACCACUUUCAAAAUGCUCACCACCGACUUGGCCCCCUCCUCCGGCGAUGCCUUCAUCAACGACUUAUCCCUCGUCCAAAGUCCCGACAAAACCCGUCGCUUCAUCGGCUACUGCCCCCAAUUCGACGGCCUCAAUUCCGUCCUCACCUCCGCCGAACACAUUCGCUACUACGCCAAGAUCCGCGGCAUCAAGAAAAACGAGCUGAAGGACAUGGUCGAAUGGGCUCUCCACGAGCUGAAUCUGACGGAAUAUCGGAACAUUCCAGCAGGAGAAUAUUCCGGCGGGAACAAGCGAAAACUCUCCACUGCCAUUGCCUUCACUGGAGCUCCGGAGGUGAUUUUGUUGGAUGAGCCAACAGCUGGUGUGGAUCCAAAAGCACGGCGAUUUUUAUGGGACGUGAUAAAGCGCAUGGUUCAAAAGGGCCAUGCAAUUGUACUCACUUCACACAGCAUGGAAGAAUGCGAGAUCCUCUGCGGGCGAUUGGCGAUCAUGGUGAAUGGGAGCUUCGAGUGCCUCGGCCAAGGCUCCUCUCAGCACUUGAAAGCCAAAUACGGGGAAGGAUACAUUGUUGCCAUACAAGGAGAAAGAAGCAAGCAUGACAGUAUCAUCAACGGCCUGAGCGAGCAUUUCGCUGAUGUGAAAGUAACUGAACAAAGAUCCAACAACCUUCAGCUUCAACUGGUAGAAAUGAACAGCCUGAAAACCCUGUUCUCAUCCCUCCAAGAGAUGAAAAAACAAGACCUUUUGACCGACUACAGAAUCUCCCAAACCACCCUUGACGACGUUUUCAUCUCUUUCGCCAAGCGACAAGGGAAUGAAAAGACCAAAGCUGAAAUCAACGAAGAGGAUUUCCAAGUCGUAGAAAUUCCGCCGAAAAUUUCGGAAGCUGAGAAAUCCGGGAGUCAAGAAACCAAUUUCUAG